AUGUCGCAAUUCUUCAUUGAGAACCCCAAUGUGGGCAACUUCAGCCAUCCUGAAGAUUCACGGAUUCGAGGAUACAACCCCCUCACGCCGCCAAACCUGCUACAACAUGAGAUUGCCCAGACGGAGAAUUCGUUGAAAACGGUGCUCCAGGGCCGGCAGGAGGCCGUGGCCAUCGUGCACGGCACCGACCCGCUCAACCGGCUGCUGGUCAUCGUCGGCCCCUGCUCGAUCCACGACCCGGACAUGGCGCUCGAGUACUGCGACCGCCUGCUGAAGCUGAGGGAGAAGUACGCGGACGCGCUGCUGAUCGUCAUGCGCUCGUACCUGGAGAAGCCGCGCACGACGGUCGGGUGGAAGGGCCUGAUCAACGACCCGGAUAUCGACAACAGCUUCAAGAUCAACAAGGGCCUGCGCGUCGCGCGCCAGCUCUUCGUCGAUCUGACGGAUAAGGGCAUGCCCAUCGCCAGCGAGAUGCUCGAUACCAUCUCCCCGCAGUUCCUCGCCGACUGUCUGUCCGUCGGAGCCAUCGGCGCCCGCACGACCGAGUCCCAGGUCCACCGGGAGCUGGCGUCUGGUCUGUCGUUCCCUGUGGGCUUCAAGAACGGCACGGACGGCAGUCUGGAUAUCGCAGUCGAUGCCAUUGGCGCCGUCAAGCACCCGCACCACUUCCUGUCGGUGACGAAACCCGGUGUGGCCGCCAUUGUCGGCACGGUCGGCAACGAGGACUGCUUCGUGAUCCUGCGCGGCGGCAAGAAGGGCACCAACUACGACGCAAAGAGCAUCGCUGAGGCCAAGGCCAAGCUGGUCGAGAAGGGCCUCAAGCCGCGGCUGAUGGUCGACUGCAGCCACGGCAACUCGCAGAAGAACCACAAGAACCAGCCCAAGGUGGCGGCGGUGUUGGCAGAGCAGAUCGCCGCGGGAGAGACGGGCAUCAUGGGAGUGAUGAUCGAGAGCAACAUCAAUGAGGACGAGGCUAACAGCGUCUGCGCAGGCAACCAGAAGGUCCCACCCGAGGGCAAGGCCGGCCUGAAGUACGGCGUCAGCAUCACCGACGCCUGCAUCGGAUGGGAAGACACCGAGAUCGUUCUGGAGCAGCUGGCCGAGGCCGUCCGCACGCGGCAGAAGAAGCUCGCCGUCAACGGAACGGCGCAUUAA